AUAGAUAGAUAGAUUGUUGUCUGAUGAUUUGCUGACUCAGCUUCCGGUCUGAGCUCAAGCCCCGCCCCCUCCCAGGUGAGGGCGGGGCUUCAGCGCCUAUAAAGCGUCGCUCACCUGUCCGGAUGCAGACAGCGUCUUGUUUCUGUUUUCUCCUCCAGUUUGGCUCCAGGUGCGUUCAGGACGUUCAGGUGCAGCAGCAGGAAGUCUGGGAAUUCUCCAGGAUGGAGUCGCUGUGGAGACCAGCGGCGCUCCUCUUCGCCGUCUGGAGCUGCUGCUGUGGUCAGAGGGUCUUCUGGGUCUCCCCCCACACAGGAAGCACGGCGGGAGCAACGAGACUCACCAUCAGCGGAGACGGUUUUGCUCAGGAGCGUCAGUUCCAGCUGGAUCCUGAAGACGGGCAGUUUGGGAACCGGGUCACCCUGGUGUCGGACGCGCUGUCGGUGCCCUGUGACGUGGAGAGAGACUCCACCCACCGCCAGCAGAUCCUCUGCUACACCAGGGCGAUGCCGGAGGACCAAUAUGUGGUUCAUGUCAGCGUGGACGGCGUUCCCAUUCCUGACGUCAGCAUCUGCAACGGCAACUACAAACCGUAUCACUGCAGUCUCUACACCCGUUGGUGGCGCACUCCGACCAUCUACUCCCUGAGCCCACUCACCGGCCUCCCAGGAACGCUGGUGACGAUCCGAGGCCGGAUCUACUCUGACGUUUACGGGAGCAACACGGACCUGAGCUCCAGUGGCCUCAAUGUCAGGUUCCUGAGGUCCUACAUGGGGGGAAUGCCCUGCGAGCUGCUGAAGCCCAACUCAGAUGAACUGUACAACCUGCAGCUGGACUCUGAAACGUCAAACUGGGGCUACAUGAGCUGCAGGACGACUGGGACCUACGUUGGUCAUCACAACAUGAGCUACAUCCUGGACGCUGAUUAUGGAAGGAGUUUCCCAGAGAAGAAUCUGUUCUGGGUUUCAUCUUUGUCCAGACUCUCCAUGUUCCAGACGUUUGCAGGUAUGUUAGUGAGAAACGCAGCAUCAGAUUUCUGCUCCUCUGCUGACUUCCUGCUGACUUCCUGCCCAGAGGUGACCGCCGUCUCCCCAUCCCAGGGCAGCGUCAUGGGGGGAACCCUGCUCACCAUCCACGGCCGCUUCUUCGACCAGACCGAUGAACCCGCCCGGGUUCUAGUCGGAGGUCGGCCCUGUGAGGUCCAGAGCGUGGCGGACGACAGGAUCACCUGCAGGACGGCCGGACGGCCGGCGGACGACCACCGGCAGGUUCACCCAGGUGGGCGGGGCCUGAAGAUGGACGUGUGGAGCGACAAGCGUCCGCGCUCCUUGGACGAGAUCUGGAGCUACAACCAGAACACGAGCGGUUACCGGUCCCAGUGGAUCGACACGCUGCCGCACGUCUUCCCCAGGGAAGACGAUCUGUUCGCCUCUCGGACCAGAGGCUUCCUCAUUCCGCCGCUCAGCGGGAACUUCAACAUAUACCUGCACUGUGACGACAGGUGUGACCUGUACCUGAGCAACUCCAGCCGGCCAGAAGACAAGGUGAAAGUGGCUUUCCAGCCCAGAUAUGUCGGAGACUUCUUCCAGCUGGAGUCCCAGAAAUCCGAAAUGCUUUUCCUGGAGAAAGGAAAACCGUACUACCUGGAGCUUCUGCAGCAGGAGUAUUACGGCAUCGCUUCGCUCAACAUCGGCCUGUUCCAGGAGGAAAGUUCCUUCACAGCAGCGCAGUCGGACGACGCCGUCGAUGAAAUCCAGGACAUUGUCGCUGAAUAUGAAGCAUUUGACGAGGAGCAGGUGCUGACCUUUGACUCGUGGUCCUCUGGGGUCGCAGCCGUCAGGGAGGUGCAGAAGGUCAGCGUCAGCAGCGGCUGUGCCAGCCAUCUAUGUGGAAGCACCUUCUUCAGCCUGCGCUACGGGAACGCCCAGACCGGUGACUUCCGUGCUCCGCCGCCUGCUAGCCGGCCGCUCUGCGCCUGUGAAACUCCUGAUGGUUUGGUGUUUUCUCCUGCAGGACUCGUCCCUGUGAGCGCCUCAGCGGAGGAGCUACAGGCGGCUCUGAACAACCUGUGGUCUAUCAAACCUGACAGCGUCACCGUCACCAAGCAGGAGGACGCCCAGGGGUCUCACUACACCGUCACCUUCAACUCUGACAGAGGUGACUUUGCCCCUCUGAACUUUGAGGUCUUCGGCUCAGACACCAACGUCUCCGUCUCAGAGGUCACCAAGGGUCAAAGCAACAUGGCAGCCUUCACUCUGAGUUGGGCCGGGUUUCCUGCGGCACCCGUUGCCUUCAACGCCACUGCGUCCGAGGUCCAGUCCGUCCUGGAGGACCUGAUGAAGGCUGAUUGUCCCGCCGAGGUUCUGACCACUCAGGGCACCAACGUCAAGUACUUCAACGACUUUGAGGACCCUGAGUUCACCGCCGCUCAGAGUGGGACUCCUGAGGACCACUCCGGGUUCUGCGGGUUCUGGUCACUGAAGAACGCAGACGCUCUGUUCAGGGAAACCUUCACCAAAGAGUCCGGAGGACAGUAUGGACCGGUGUCCCUGGACCAGCACCCCACCCUCUGCUUUGCCUAUAAGGGACGUCUGAGGGACGAGAUGGGGGUGAAGUUCAGCUACAGUGACAGCAGUGGUCAGACCCAGACCCAGACCUCCAGGAUCAGCACCAUGUUCAGCAGCGGGGACAGGUGGAGCUACAAGUGCGUUGAUCUUCAGAGCGCCCUUCAGACCGCCGUGGUCGGCAGCAGGUUCCUCCUGCAGGAGCUGCUUCUCUACAGAGACGCCUCCGCCGCAGACUACUAUGUGGACGCGGUUCACAUUGGGAAGACUCCGACUGCCAUGGACGAGAACGCUGUCCUCCUCAGGAGAAGACCUCCUCCCUUCGAGGACUCUGGGAAGUCCAUCAAAUCGUUCUCCGUCACCAAACACCAACCGACCGCUUCUCAGGUCACUUACAGGAUCGUUGCCACACCGCUGGACUGCGCCUUCAACUUCCCUUUGAUGGAGAUCAGCUUCAUGAAGAUGUCAAACAGCAGUGAGGAUGUCGCCGAGUUCAUUUCCGGAGGCGCGGUGGUCACCGUGACCCGGCCCCGCAGAGCCACGCCCCCUCUGAGCGGCACCUUUGAUGUGGAGAUGUACAGCGGCCGGGCAGAAGGCCUCCCUGUGGACGUCAGCGCGGAGGACCUGAAGUUCGCCCUGCAGGGUGUCCCCGGGGCGGGCCAGGUGAAGGUGGAGGACCUGGGCACCUGUAAGCUUCCCAAGUGGAGGGUCACCUGGCUCAGCAGGCCUGGAGCCCAGCCGCUCAUGAAGGUUGACGACUCGGCGGUCGUCGGGAACAACGUGACCUUCCUGGUCCAGGAGAAGACAAAGGGAGGGCUGCUGACCCGGGGCUUGACCGGGGACUUUUUCCGGGUUUGGGAAACAGAGCCGCAGGUGGAGGUCUACAUCAACGGCAUUCCCUCCAACUGCUCCGGACGCUGCAGCUUCCGCUGGUCGGAGGAGGAGACGCCGGUGGUGACGGGGAUCAGCCCGACUCGAGGAUCCAAUGGACUGGGAACGCUGAUCACCAUCACUGGGACGGGAUUCAGCUCGGAAAAUGCUUCCAUCAUGGUGGGAAGCUCCAGGUGUGUCGUUGAAGAGGUCACAGCUUCCUCUCAGGUGUGCAGAGUGGGCGGAGCCAGCGCAGGAAGCUACCCAGUGUCCGUUAACUUCCCGUCUCUGGGCAACGCGCGCUUCGCCGCCGACAGCGUCCUCUACUUCACCCAGCAGCUCAUCGUGUCUUCGCUCUCGCCGACCUCUGGAGGCGUUGCAGGUGGCACCCUGCUGACGGUGAGCGGCUUCGGCCUCGGACACGUCGCCACGGUAAUGGUCGGCGGCGAGGACUGCGAGGUCGUCCAGGCAGCCGACACCGAGCUGACCUGCAGAACCCCAGCAGGAGCUGCGGGGUCACAGGUUGUCACGGUAACGGUGGGAAACAUGAGCCAGACCGCAAACGCCACCUUCACCUACGAUGAUGACCUCACAGCUCAAAUCUGGAGCCUGAGCCCUCAGACUGCCUUUGUGACGGGUGAGUCCUGUCUCUA